AUGACGUCGUCUUCAGCGCACGCUAGCGGUCUUCCAGCUGUUUUAAAGCAUACUAAAAUUAUCCUAAAUUCGACAUUCACGACUGCCCUUGUGAUGCCUUCGCUUAAUCAAAACUUACUGCAAAGGGAUAUUUUUGACUACGACUUCAAUCGCGAGCGCAUCUUUUUGGAAAUCGCAGAGGCUGAGAUCGCUGCCAUGCGCAAGGCUGAGGAUGAACAAAAAUUGGCAACUGCAAACGAGCAAGACGACUCAUACAACGAGCAUGCACGAAAGAGCGUCAAGCUUUCGAUAACGAGUAGCUUAAGCAGUAAUGGACACCAAGAUGGCAAUUAUAUUAAGCCUCGUAGUACCAGCGAAGAGGAUGUAGCAGCAGCUAUUUCUGCUUCUCUCCGGGAAUAUUAG